ACGGAGCGAUGAACCAGUUCGUCAUCACAUCAUCAGAGAGAACCAAGGACUAGCUAUCGAAUUAAGCUACUCACUAAUCUCAACCUCGGCCUCAACGACGACAUCAUCAACAGACAUGACUAAGUUUUUAAGUGCAGUUCUUAUGUUGGUCUCUUCGGCCCAGCUGUCUCUCUCGGCUAAGGUGGCACAGCAAGCACGUGUUCUAAGCACCCAAUCAAAACCAGGGUUUUGUAAGGGUCUGGAGUGUCCGGAGUUCACCACUGUCCACUCAGCUGAGGGGUACGAUGAACGCCAGUACAGCGAAUCAAAAUGGGUUAGCACUGAAAUUAUGAGCAUGGAUUACGAAUCCGCGACAAGCCAAGGAUUCGAACGUCUUUUCAACUACAUCGACGGACACAAUGACCAGAAGCAAAAGAUUGCCAUGACUGCACCAGUUGCUACCCGUGUCAUUCCGGGCCAGGGCCCCGCUUGUGAGAGCAACUUCACCGUAUCAUUCUUCAUCCCGGCGGCACACAGCGCCAACCCACCCAUUCCAAGCGAUUCCGAUGUCUUCUUUAGUACUCUCCCAGCCCACCGUGCAUACGUCAAAUCUUUUGGUGGUUUCGCUUCCCAGAACGACUGGAUCCAGGCCGGUACAGAAUUGGGCCAGGCUUUGGAAGCCGCUUCUAAAACAUACGAUAGUUCUUACUUUUACACUGCCGGUUAUGACAGCCCUUUCACAAUCUUCAACCGACACAACGAGGUCUGGUUCACCGCCAACUAAAGACUAA